GCAUGGUUUGUCUCACUCAGCCCUCUGGUCAGUGGACAGAGAGGAUUCUGGUCAGGUGAACAGGGCAGACUGGCCCCUUUCCAGCCCUUCCACAGGGACACCGUGGACCAAGGUCAGUGGUUGUAACAGCCCAGCAGACACUGAAGAAAGAGGCAUAACCAAGAUUCUUCAUGACCCUACGGACCAUGGCUAUCCAUGAGUUUUUCUUGGCAAGGAUUCUGGAGUGGUUUGCCAUUUUCUUCUCCAAGUGGAUCCUUUUAGCUGACAAUUGACAAGAAAACAAUGAUUUUCCAUGUCUGACAAGCCUGGCCUUAGCCCUGAAGCAGAGGGAAAGUGGUGCAGGAAGACCUUGGCCCUGCCUGUUCCUUCAGGCCCACAUCAGGCCUCCCCGGGACAUGGAGCCAGGAAAUGAGACCACAUUAGGCUCAGCGGGGUCCCUUCCUUCUUGUGUCUUCCGUGAGAAUUUCAAGCACGUGCUUCUGCCCCUGGUGUAUUCGGUGGUGCUCAUUCUGGGGCUGCCCCUGAACUCCUUCGUCAUCAUGCAGAUCUGGCUGUCCCGAAAGGCCCUGACCCGCACGGCUAUCUACAUGCUGAACUUGGCCUUGGCCGACCUCCUCUACACCUGCUCCCUUCCUCUGCUCAUCUACAACUAUGCCCAGGGUGACCACUGGCCCUUCGGGGACAUCGCCUGCCGCCUGGUCCGCUUUCAGUUCUACACCAACCUGCAUGGCAGCAUCCUCUUCCUGGCUUGCAUCAGCUUCCAGCGUUACCUGGGCAUAUGCCACCCCCUGUCCACCUGGCACAAACGGUGGGGCCGAGGCUCCGCCUGGCUGGUGUGUGGGGCCGUGUGGCUGGCUGUCUCGGCCCAGUGCCUGCCCACCAUCGCCUUUGCCCAGACAGGGACACAACGGAACCGCACGGUGUGCUAUGACUUGAGCCCUCCGAGCCUGUCUGCCAGCUAUCUGCCCUAUGGCAUGGCCCUCACUUUCACUGGCUUUGUGCUGCCCUUCAGUGCAGUGCUGGCUUGCUAUGUCCGCCUGGUGCGGCGCCUCUGCCAGCAGGGUGGCCCUGAGGGGCCAGCGGCGGCCGAGAAGCGGGGGAAAGCAGCUCGCAUGGUGGUGGUGGUGUUGGCCGCCUUUGCCAUCAGCUUCCUACCGUUCCAUGUUACUAAGACUGCCUAUCUGGCUGUGCGGUCAAUGCCCGGGGUUUCCUGCCCUGUCCUGCAGGCCUUCGCCGCUGCCUACAAGGCCACAAGGCCCUUCGCCAGCGCCAAUAGCGUCCUCGACCCCAUCCUCUUCUACUUCACGCAGAAGAAAUUCCGCCAGAGCCCCAAACAGAUCUUGUCCAAGCUAAGUGCUAAGUGGCAACGGGGACACUGAGCACAAAAGGACAACGAAGGGGCCAUCAGCCCCAGAGGACUCAGAUGAGCAUCAGCUCUAGGGUGCCCCCCACGGUUGCCCCAGGGACAGCAGUGCAUGCUAAGACAACUGUAACCCUCUUCCCGGAAGAGGGGCAGAGCUGUGCCCAGAGUCCACUGAGGAUCCCAGUGGCCUGUGGAAUCUGGGGGUAAAGCAGCAAAGAGCACUAGCCUGGGAGUCAGAGGUCCAGUUCUGCUCCCUACUUCCUAUGCAUGGCCUUGGACAUUUCUUUUCUGGGCCUCAGUUUCCCUGAAGGGAUUGGUUAAUUGCAAAGGAAAGAUAAGUGUUGACCCAGCUCUUUGGGCAUCCUGCUGCCCACCACAAUGGCUAUUUAGGUAGCACAUGGAACAAGAUGAACUGUUCUGGGCUCUGAAGGCUGGAUGCCCAGCUGAGCCUCGGGUAAUCCACACUCAUCACGUAUUUAUUGAGCACUUACAUGGGGUGGGAGAUUGGGGACAAAAAGCAGUGCAGUAAAACAGAGAACCAAGAACCCUGGAUGGGAACUCUUGGGGUGGACCUGGGUGUGAGUCCUGCUUCUGAUUCCUUCUAACUGAAUGACCUUGAGUAAGGCUGCCCACCUCAGUGGGCCUUUACUUCCCCAGAUCCAAAAGGAGGAGAAUGGGCCUCUUAGGAGGACCAAAUGGGAUAGUAAUUGUAAAGCACUUAGCACAAGUGCCCAGCACAUAGUAAGAGCUACUAUUUAAAUGUUAACUAUUAUUAUGGUGAUGACAGGAUCUCCAAGGUUCCUUCCAGCUAUGGCUUCCACCCUCACAGAGCUCAGAUUUAUGGGAGACACAAAGAGGGCGGGAGGUGUGAAAGGGUGGGAAGACAUGGCACUAGGCUAAAUGUGCUAAGGGCCCAGUGAGGAGAGACAUGGGCCUAUAGGAAUCCAAGGAAAGUGAAACCACUGAGAGGUAGCUAGUUAAGGAGAGUUUCAUGGAGGAAAUGGGACCCAAGUUGGGCCUUGAAGGACAGAGGGAGAUUUGGAGAGACAGAAGGACUUCACUGGAAGGAUAAUGGUGUGAGCCAAGGUAGAGGCAAAAACAGAGGGCAGGAGUUGGAGUAAGAGUAAGGGAUCAGAGAGACAUGAUCAUGGAGAGUGAGGAUGGGGUUGGAAUAUCGAUGGCCUUCAUCUCCAGCCUAAGAAGUCUGGAUUCAGUCCUGUAGGCUGCUUGGAGAUUUCUCACAUGUCCUCAUUCACAAACUCUUCCAAACCAAUCAAGUCAGCUGCCACUUGGGCAACUAUACUUCUAGAGUCUCUGCUACUUGCCCUCAAAUAUCCAUUCAGGCACUCAUUCCUUCCUUCAUUCAUCCAUUCAUUAGCUUAUUCACCCAUUCAUUCAGCAAAAGCUUGGUGAGGUCUAGAAAGCCCAGUCCCUUAGGAAGGCAGAGACACUCUGAAGGAUCCAGCCCUGGCAUUUGGCCCUCAUUGACUCCAGUGAUCUUCCCAAGGUGCCGGGUUCCUUCUCUAGGUUAUUAAGAGGCCUUCUCUUUAAACCAUAAAAUUUGUAACUUCUGCUCUGACUAAACUGGAUGGAUGACUUUCCCCAAACACAUUGGGGCUCUCUUGCCUCUUGGCUUUUGCUCAAACAGUUCCCUCUACCCAGAAUGCCUUUCCUCCUAUUCUUUGCAUAUGGAACUUCUAUCUAUUUUUUAAAGUCCAACAUAAAUUGGCAUCUCCCUGAUUUCCCCCUAGUCAGUAACAACCUUCCUCCUAAGACUGUGAUCACAGAGCACUUCUCUGAGGCACUUAUAUAAUAAUUGUGGAUUCAAUACUUGUGCUUGUAUCUUAUUCUCUGCUAGACGGGAAGCUCUAGGAAGGCAGUGAUGGAGUUUUAUUGAAACUGUGUAUCUCCCUCAGUCCUCUGCCCUAAACAAUGGAUAUUUAAUAAACAUUUGUUAAAAUGAAA